GUCACUUCAAUGACGCUUCAAACUGUCGUCUCGCGAGACGCAGCACAGUUUUCCCAGGCAGCGGUGUGGCUGUGUGCGCGAUAGAGACGAGGAAAGAUGGCGGAGCAGGAGAGCGAAGCUACUAAAGCUAGCGCUGGCAACGGCGAGGUGAGCAGCAAUGGGACUGCUGCAACAACAGAUGACCAGACUGUGCAGACAACCGAAAACGCAGUGGAUCCUCAGCAGCAACCGCCGCCUCAACCAGCACCGAAUGCAUGGCAGGUCAUUAAAGGAGUCCUCUUCAGAAUCUUCGUAAUCUGGGCAAUCAGUAGCUGGUUUCGUCGAGGGCCCUCAACUCCAGACCCCAACACCCCAGCCGGGGCCCCUAGAGUACCGAGCAGGAACCUGUUCCCCAAAGACACCCUGAUGGAUCUGUACGUGUAUCUGUCCCAAGACGAAGUGUUUGCCGACUUCAACAACACAGAAGCCCUGUUCUGGUUCCACAGGGACUUGGUCUAUGGAGAUUGGACAAUUGGGGAGAAUGGGGAUGGAUGUUACGAGACCUACAAGGAGCUAGACAUCCCAGAGAGUGUGAAGCAGAAUGGUUCCCUUUACAUGCAUGUGUACUUCACUAAAAGUGGAUUCCACCCAGACCCAAAACGCAAGGGGCAGUAUCGCAGACUGGCAACCGUUCAUUCAACACGCAUGCUGAAUAAAUUCAAGCGACGGAAGUUUAUGAAGACCAAGAAUCUGCUAACAGGCGAGACUGAAGCAGAUCCCGAAGUGAUCAAGCGAGCAGAGAGCCAUGGCCCGGUGGAGAUCAUCUCUCAUUGGCACCCCAACCUCACCAUCAACAUGGUAGACGACCACACCGCCUGGGUUAAGGGCUCUGUUCCACCUCCUCUUGACCAGCAUGUCAAGUUUGAUGCGGUAAGUGGCGACUACUAUCCCAUCGUGUACUUCAAUGACUACUGGAACCUUCAGAAGGACCACUUUCCCAUCAACGACACCCUGACCACGCUCCCGCUGCGCCUCGCCUACUGUCCGCUGUCCUUGUGGCGUUGGCAGCUGUACGCUGCCCAGAAUGCACGCUCCCCGUGGAACUUCCUGCCCGAUGACACGUAUGAGCAGUCCGAUGACGACCAAGACUCCGUCAAGGUGGCCCUUUUGGAAACCAACCCGUACCUGCUGGGACUCACCAUUGUUGUCUCUAUUGUGCACAGCAUUUUUGAGUUUCUUGCCUUCAAGAAUGAUAUCCAGUUCUGGAACAGCAGACAGUCUCUCGAAGGCCUCUCUGUGCGUUCCAUCAUAUUUGGAGUCUUUCAGUCUCUGGUCGUGCUUCUGUACAUCCUGGACAACGAAACUAACUUCGUUGUUCAGGUCAGCGUUUUCAUCGGCCUUCUCAUUGACCUGUGGAAAAUCACCAAGGUCAUGGACGUCAAGUUGGACAGAGAGAACAAAAUUGCGGGGGUGUUUCCCCGAUUGGUGUUCAAAGACAAGUCCACAUACGUGCAGUCUUCAACCAAGAUCUACGACGAUAUGGCCUUCAGGUACCUGUCGUGGUUGCUCUACCCUCUGUUUGGCUGCUACGCCAUCUACAGUCUAUUGUAUGUAGAGCACAAAGGCUGGUACUCAUGGGUCCUCAGCAUGCUCUAUGGCUUCUUGUUAACCUUUGGUUUCAUUACAAUGACGCCACAGCUAUUCAUCAACUACAAAAUGAAGUCUGUGGCUCACCUCCCAUGGAGGAUGCUCACCUACAAGGCUCUCAACACCUUUAUUGAUGACCUGUUUGCCUUUGUCAUCAAGAUGCCAAUGAUGUACAGGAUAGGAUGCCUCAGAGAUGACGUGGUGUUUUUUGUCUACCUUUACCAGCGCUGGAUCUAUCGGGUUGAUCCCAACAGGUUCAAUGAGUUUGGCACCAGCGGAGUGGAGCGCGUCCCGGACGUCACGGAAACGGCUGACCCUGCUCUGGCCUCCACCGCCGCCGCCAUCACAGACAAACCAGAGGGGGAGAAGAAGAAUGAUUAAGCGAGACGACGCUCAUCUGCCUCCCCAGCCCUCACUUGUGGGGCGAAGAGGACAUGUGGAAAUUAGGCAGGGAGGGGGGAAGUCGUCAAGCUGUCAUGGACGCCACAACUAAAAAAAAAAAAAAAAGUGCAGUUCAGCUGUUCACUGGGAUUUCUGUUUGGAUCCACAGAGAAUGAUAUUCAGUGUAGACUUGGUAAAUUCUUAUUUUUGUUCCUGGCCCUCUCGUUUUGAAGUUCAAGUGAAGUAAAACAAAACGUGAUGUACUGUAUCUGUAUGAUUUCUUGGGUAACAAUGUCUUGGAGUAGAGGUUGGGAGGACAACUGGUUUCAGUUUUACAACUUUUUUUUAUAUACAGAGUAAAAAAAGAGGCUAAGUGUAGCUUUUUUUAAUUUUCUUUGUGUAGAUUCCCUGUGAAGUUUUCUUUUCAUUCCAUGUGAGCAUCGUGUUUCGGAUUGCCUGGAACCCGCUGAGUAGUGCUGGAGGAAAACUGGAAAGGUUGUGAGCCACGGAGGAGGUUAAAAUAGAGCAGACGUGGGCACUGGAGACGAGAUGGACAACCCUACAGGACGCUACCCACCAGACAGUGACUACUACCCUCAACUUUAAACAAAUGCUUAAUGUUCUUAACUUGAACGUAAAAAAUAACAGCCUUGUUGGUAUUAAUAUAAAUAUAUUAAUAUUGUCAAUGACUUGAUUUUUAUUUUUCAGUCACUGAAGCAUUUUUUUUGUCGUCAAACUGCACAGAAUUUCAGCUUGUCAUGUUAAUGUUGUCAAAUCCGUGUAGCUUUAGCUAAUUCAAGAGUCUAAUUGUAAUUUCAUCCCCUCAUCCAAUGUCUAAUUUUCUAAUUGAUUCACGUUCAAGCUCCAAAAUUGAUCACCUUGGCAGGCGCAGUGGAGUCAGGUGGAACUACUCCAGUCUCUUGUUUUAAUUCUGAGUGCUGUAAAUUCUGAAACAAAUAGGUUUCCUUGUUCGUACAUAUUAAAUUUUGAUUCACUCGUGUUUAUAGUAAAACAUAA